GGCGAAAGCGCCAGAGCCACCUCAGCACUCGACCGCCGACGACCACGUAGCUGCGACCAAGCCGCUGUUCGCGAAAGCCUUCAAGUUGGUGGGCAAGCGGUUCAAGGUUAAGAAGAAAUUGCCUCCACAAGCCCCGGCAACAACGACUAGCCUUCCUCACCUUCCUCCGGAAAUCUGGGGUGUGGUCAUCAAACACGCCUGUUCCCAGGACUGCGACCUGCUAAACGCGUCACAUCAACUCUCCUUCCUCGACGACGCCUCCACUCGCUUCGACUCGUACCGCGUGGCGCUCAGAAUGAUGCUCGCGCUUUCGCGUGUCUGCAGGGCAUGGCACGCGUACGCUAUUGAGCAUCUCUACGAGUUCAUCUGGAUAUCCAGCGCCGUACAGGCCAAGAAGCUCGCCCACACUCUCAUUAUGCAAGCCCUUCAAUCGCCUACUUGCACCUACGGUUCUUUCGUUCGUCGCAUUCACAUUCAAACUCCCGUGCUCGAACGUUGCGCUCCUGCCGACCUUUUGUCCAUCGUCGAACUCACUCCCAAUCUCGUCAUCUAUUCAGACUAUCAUUCACUUCAGCGUAGCCUCUACGACGACGGCCCCGAUCCACGAUGCAGUCCUGAAGCUAUUCUGAAGCUUGUUGCGAACCCAAAGAUCCGCAGACUUAGCUGGACCAGUUACGGCGAUGCGCCAUUCCAGCAGCGCAUGACACCGCUACUUACAAAUUUGGCCAUCCAGCUUGAGUACCUUGAGCUGUCCUCGUGUUCCCCAAAUUUCCGCGCCAUGUUCUCGCAAUCGACGACGGCCGGUACGAAGAUGGACGUCCGAUUACCCUCGCUCAAAGCCCUCAAGGUCUCGCUGGACAAUAACACCUUCGCUGUCCUCUCCAGUUGGGACAUGCCGAAGCUCACAAACCUUUCGGUACUCUCUUCUGAUUUCAGUUACACCGGUCCCGGCUUCGCGUCCUUCUUCCAGGCCCAUGGCGUGAAGCUCGUCCAGCUCGAACUUGGCCAUUCGUCCUCGCUGAUCGAGAAACACUACCUGACAGCGCCGCAACGCACGCAACCAGUGACCCCCGUGCCGCUCGCUACCUGGUGCCCGAAUUUGCGAGAGUUUAUCUGCUCUGCCGACGCGGAGUGGCACUGGCAGUCUCCAGAUUGGAUAACCGCACAUAUCCUCCUCCCUGCGCACCCGAACAUCAAAUUCAUCGGUAUCCGCGAUCUCGACGCGCGCAUGCGCGGUGACCCAGACGGAUUCUCGUGCGAGCCUUUCUUCACGCUCUUUGAGCUCCUUGCGAGCCUUUUGCGCAAAGACGCGUUCCCGGAGCUGAAAUACUUGCGCGACCUGAGCUCCGAGAGCUACCGCAUGCGCUCGUAUCGCCCACAUCCACGCGUGCGCCAGUUUUGGGAGCGCGUCGUCGAGCUUAGCGGCAAGCGUGGAGUCUGGCUAGAGGACUGCCACGGCUUCAACAUCAACAUCCGCACUCUCCUCCGUGCUGAGCGGACACAUUUCGACUAACGCCCACCCUCAUCCCAGACACUCGGAUUCCUUCGUAUGCUUUCAUGUUCUCGUGGUGCAUCUCUAUCUCCAUCAUCGCCUAGGCUCAUUGUACUAUAGCAUGGACUAUCUUGAUACCUCGCCUUCGCUUUUUGUCUUAUACUUCAAUGCUCUCUUGGAUACCCCCGUCAUAUAGCGCUCCAUUACCGCUUCCCACAUUCAACUUGUCCGAUGCACUUUUAUUGUGGCAUAACUCCUGAGUCUUCUGCAUCCUGUCGCAUACGCCCGCCCCUCGGCUGUCGCAUGGCCCUUCCAUGCGCACCCAAC